AUGACGUUGCCCAGAAGUGACAUCACCGAAAGUGACAUCAUUGUGCAGGUGCAGGAGCACUUCAUGCACGCUCUAGUGACUCGAAGAAGGGACAAGAAUCAGUAUCUCCCUGUCUUGGGGAAAUAUGAUGACUAUUUUGUGCCUAAGAAGAACCUCAUCCAUGAAAUGGCCUGCUCUCACCAGCGAAACCAGAAAACACGGGGAUCUGCUGAGGCCUACGUUCUUGUGGGGAGAGGAGAGCCGCCUCUGCCCCAAUUCCAGCGGAGGUCCCCGUCCUUGCCGCGCUGGGAGCCUCCUCGGCCCAGGGCAGUGUACCUCAGGCGCCGCCGGGGUCUGCGGGGCCCCUCCCAGGAGGAAGCGAGCGCAGCCGGGGCCGGAGGGCGCCCCGCGGCGAGCCCAGCGCCCGAGAGGAGGCUCGCCUUGGCCGAGGCACCAGGCGGGGCGGGGCGAGUCCCCUGCGGGGGUCGCCGCCCAGCCCCGCUGCCUCGGGCCUGCGCGCCGCCGCCGCCCCCGAACAAAGGAGGGGCGGGCAGGGAGCCCGUCCGGAGCAGCCGCCGCCGCCGCCGCCGGAGCGCCCAGGCAGCCAGCCGGCCGGAGGGAGGGAGCGAGGGAGCCGGCCUCGCCUCUCGCCUGCGCCACGGAGACAAAGGCGCCGCGCCAGCCAUGCCCGGCCGCCGCGCCUGGUGGCUCCUCCUGCCCACCCUGGGCAGCCUCCUCGCCGGGAGCGGCGGCCUCCGCCUCGGCCUCGGCCGGGGCUAUCUGGUGGUGGCACCUUCUGUUUUCCGGGCAGGUGUGGAGGAGGCUGUUAGUGUGACUAUCUUUAACCCGGUCAAGGAAACGACAGUCCAGUUGCAGCUGACGGUCAAAGGAGAGAUGGUGGCUUGGGCUCAUGGCACAGUUCUGGGUAAAGGAACCAUUUCCCUUAAGGUGCCCCCAGGACUGCGGGGCCAAGCCCACCUGAAAGUCUGGGGCAACCGGCACUUGACAGAAGACGGCUACAUCUUCCACAACCACACCACAGUCACCAUCGACAGCAAAGGAGCCUCGGUGUUCAUCCAGACAGACAAGCCCGUGUACAGGCCCACGCAGAAAGUGCUGAUCAACUUCUUUACAGUCAGCCCUGAUUUGCGGCCGGUGGAUGAGAAGGUUGAAGCUUACGUGUUGGAUCCUCGUGGGUCUCGGAUGAUCGAGUGGAACAAUCUGAAACCCAUUUGUUGUGGCGUUCUGAAUGUGAGCUUUCCUUUGUCAGACCAGCCAGUGUCUGGUGAGUGGUUCGUUUUUGCGGAAAUGCAGGGGCACACGUACAAGAAAUCCUUUGAAGUGCAAAAGUACGUUUUACCCAAGUUUGAGCUGUGGAUUGAGCCCCCUCGCUACAUCCGUGACCUCAAGACAUGUGAGAAGGGAGUUGUCCAUGCCAGAUACACGUUUGGGAAACCUGUGACAGGGAGAUUGACGGUCAACUUGACAGUAAAUGGGGUGGGAUAUUACCGGCAUGAAGCAGGACCCCCCGUUUUCAAAACUAGCAAAAUCGACGGCUCUGCACAUUUCGAGGUGUGUGUGGGAGACCUCAUGCCUGCAGACAUCCCAGAGCAUUUCAGAGGCGUUGUGAGCAUCUGGGCCACAGUGACCAGCGCUGAUGGGAACAAGCAGGCCACCUUUGAUGACUCCACCCCUGUGCAGAAGCAGCUGGUUGACAUACAAUACACAAAAGACACCCGCAAGCAGUUCAAGCCAGGCCUGCCCUACAGGGGGAAGGUGGAAGUCACAUAUCCGGAUGGGAGCCCCGCAGACAGGGUGACCGUCCGGAUUAAAGCAGAGCUGACGCCAAAGGACAACAUUUAUACAAGUGAGCUGAUGUCCAGCAGGGGCCUGGUGGUGUUCGAAAUCCCAUCCAUCCCAGCUGCUGCCCAAUAUGCCUGGCUGGAGGCCAAAGUUACUGCCAUUGAUGGGAAGCCGGUGGGAGACCAGUACCUGCCCAACUAUUUGUCCAUCAGCAGCUGGUACUCGCCCAGCAAAUGCUACCUCCAGCUCCAGAUGCUCGACAGGCCUUUCCUGGUGGGAGAAGAGGCAAGCAUUGCUGUGAAAUCCACUUGCCCGUGCAAUUUCACUCUCCACUAUGAAGUGGUGUCACGGGGGAACAUCGUCCUGUCUGGACUGCAGUCCAGGAAUGUCACUCAGCAGAGGAGCCGAAGCGCUGCUGCAUCCUCUGGCAGAAGUAGCCACGUGGCCCCCUUCCCAGCCACCACCAGCCCUCCUGCGGUUGAGAUGAGCAUCUGUGUGACCUCCCUCCGUUUCUUGGUGACCCAUAGCAUGGCUCCCCUGGGCCGCCUCCUGGUGUAUUAUGUGCAGGAGGAUGGAGAAGGGGUGACGGACAGCUUGCAGUUUGCCGUCAAGCCCUCCUUUGAAAACCAGGUUUCAGUGAUGUUUUUGGCAAAUGAGACCAGGCCAGGUGACUACGUGGGCAUCAAGGUCAGAGCCGCGAAGGGGAGUUGUGUCUGCUUGGCCACGGUGGAUAAAAGUGUUUACCUCCUUAAGCCAGGCUUCCAACUGAUGUCUUCACAGAUCUUCCAGGAACUGGCAGAUUAUGAUGUGUCUGACACCUUUGGGACUAUCAAGGAAGACGGGCACUUUUGGUGGCCAGGCAUGGCUUUGCACGGGCGCCGACGCCGUUCCUCCAUCUUCCCCUGGCACUGGGACACCACCAAGGAUGCCCGCUUUGCCUUUACGGAAACCGGCUUGGUUGUGAUGACGGACCUGGUCAGCUUGAACCACCGACAGCAUGGCAGCAUGUACACUGACGAGGCUGUGCCAGCCUUCCAGCCCCACACUGGCACCCUGGUGGCUUCCAUGCAGCAUUCCAAGGCUGUGCCAAGAGCAGAGAAGAAGAAGAGGGUUUUCUUCCCGGAGACCUGGCUUUGGCACUGCUUGAACGUCAGUCAUGUGUCCGGUGAAGCCCAGCUGCAGGUGGAAGUCCCAGACUCCAUCACCACGUGGCUGACGGAGGCCGUGGGGAUGUCUGAGGACAGCGGGAUGGGCUUGGCUAGACAGGCGAGCCUGACGACGUUCAAGGCCUUUUUUAUUGAGUUCACCCUUCCGUACCGUGUCAUCCGUGGGGAACAGACGAAGAUCCCUCUGACUGUCCACAAUUACCUAGCUGUGUGCAUGGAGGUUCACAUCAAGGUAGUGGUUCCCAAAGGCAUAAAGUUUGUGGGGCAUCCUGGGAAACACCACCUGACCAGGAGGAAAUGCGUGACCCCUGGGGAAGCCAAAGCCACCUCCGUUGUCCUCUCCUUCAGCAAACUGGGACUGAACAACAUCACAGCAAAAGCCUUUGCUUAUGGUGGAAGUGGCUGCUGCCAGGACAAGCUGCAGUUUGCUAAGAGUGGCAAGAAUCCGGAGGAUUUCUACCUGGACAGGCAGGCCCCUGUGGGGGUUGACUACAUCCGGAGGAGCAUCCUUGUUGAGCCAGAGGGGUUGACCAGAGAGUACACCUACAGCGUCUUUUUCUGCCCCAAUGAGAAAAUUCAUAUUUCUACCCCUAAUAAAUAUGAAUACCAAUAUGUUCAGAAACCUUCCCAUAUGACACACUUCACUGUUGCUGUGAAGGCACACAACAGCGCCCACAUCGCCUUGUCCUCCAGUCCCCACGACACGGCAGAAAUGACUGAAAUCGUCAUUGGUGGGCAUCAAAACACCAGGACCUGGAUUUCCAGCAGCAAAAUGGGCGAGCCGGUGGCCAGUGCAGAGACAGCUGGGCUCCUCUCAUGGGAUGAGUUUCGGAGCUUCUGGAUCCGCUGGGCCAAUGGAGUCAUCCAGGUCGGCCAUGGGCACUCUAUCCUCAAUGAGUCAGUCAUAGUGUCAUGGGUCCCUCCCCAGCCACCUGAGGUGAGGUACAUCGGCUUCUCUACAGGCUGGGGCUCUGUCGGCGAGUUCAAAAUCUGGAGGAAAGAAGAAGUUGAUGAGAACCACAACGAAGCCUUUACAUUGGGCGUUCCGCACAAUGUGAUUCCAGGAUCGGAGAAAGCCACUGCCUCUGUGAUUGGGGAUGUGAUGGGCCCCACCUUGAAGAACCUGGACAAUCUCCUGCAGCUUCCAUUGGGCUGUGGGGAGCAGAACAUGAUCCACUUCGCACCAAAUGUUUUUGUCCUCAAGUAUCUACAGAAGACCAAGCAGCUCACCCCAGAGGUGGAGAGUGAAGCCACAGACUACCUGAUUCAAGGGUACCAGCGCCAGCUGACCUACAAGAGGCAAGAUGGCUCCUACAGUGCUUUUGGGGAACGAGAUUCUUCAGGGAGCAUGUGGCUCACAGCCUUUGUGCUCAAGUCCUUUGCUCAGUCUCGGGGGUUCAUCUUCAUUGACCCCAAGGAGCUGCUGGCAGCCAAGGACUGGAUCAUUCGGCACCAGAAAGAAGAGGGCUCGUUCCCUGCUGUGGGCAGGAUAUUGAACAAGGACCUCCAGGGAGGAAUCCACGGGAAGAUUUCGCUGACGGCGUAUGUGGUGGCAGCUCUGCUGGAGUCGGGGGUUACCUGUGAGGAAGAGAAGGCGUCUGUGGCCAAAGCAAAGCUUUUCUUGGAGUCCAACAUAUACUCAGUGGAAGACCCAUACACCACAGUGCUGACAGCCUAUGCCCUCACACUACUGCGUAGCCCCUCUGCAGGGGUGGCGCUGCGUAAGAUGAAUAGCCUGGCCAUCACUCAAGAUGGUAUUACACACUGGAGCUUAACGGGGACUCUUGCUGCUGAUGAGGACACGUUCAUGGGAUUUAGUGACGGGCUCUUUCAGUCAGUGGUGUCUGCUGAAGUGGAAAUGACCGCCUACGCCCUGCUGACCUACACAGUGCUGGGAGAUGUGGCGUCGGCCCUGCCCGUGGUUAAGUGGCUUUCUCAACAAAGGAACGCUCUGGGCGGCUUCUCUUCCACACAGGAUACGUGUGUGGCCCUCCAGGCUCUGGCUGAAUAUGCCAUCCUGUCCUACACAGGAGGAGUCAACUUGACCAUUUCCUUGGCCUCCACCAACCUGGAUUACCAGGAGACCUUUGAGCUGAACAAAGCCAACAAGAAGCUCCUACAAAGCACAGUGAUCCCCACCAUUCCCACAGGUCUGUUUGUCAGCGCUAAGGGUGAAGGCUGCUGCCUCCUGCAGAUCGAUGUCGCCUACAACGUUCCAGACCCCUUGGCCAAGCCAGCCUUCCAGCUCCUGGUGAACCUGCAAGAACCUAAACUCAAGCGCCACCGGCGAGCCCCACACCCCCCAAAGCCCGUCUCCCCAGACAAGAAUCGCUUUGAAGCCUCCCCCUGGGAACUGGGGGGCGACGAUGACCCUGCUUCGGACCAAGACCACCGGGAGUAUCGAGUGGCCGUGGAGGCCUGCAUGAGAUGGCUGCACUCUGGCUCUUCAAACAUGGCUGUCCUAGAGGUCCCACUGCUGUCAGGUUUCCAAGCAGAUGUUGAAAGUCUAGAGCAGUUGUUCAUGAACAAACAGAUUGGCCUGAAGAGGUACGAGGUGGACGGCAGGAAAGUCCUGUUCUACUUUGAUGAGAUUCCAAGCCAAUGCAUGACCUGCGUCAAGUUCACGGCCUUCCGAGAAUACAUUGUUGGGAAGACAGCCCCAGUGCCCAUCAAGGUGUAUGACUACUAUGAGCCAGCACUGGAAGCCACUCGUUUCUACAAUGUCAGUGAGAACAGUCCCCUUGCCCGGGAGCUCUGCGACGGCGCCCUGUGCAAUGAGGUUGAGAGUGCAGCCAGCCGCUGGGUUGGCUUUACCCCUGCUGGGCCCUGCAACCACAUCUUGGGCUGCCUGGAGGAUGGCUACUUUGACCAGUGCCGGUGCUCUCGUGACUGUGGCUACGAUGGGGAUCUGGUGUGCGGCUCGGAUGGGCAUGUCUACCAGAACCGCUGUCAAAUGGAGGUUGCUGCUUGCAGGAACAGCACCCGCAUCCAGCAGAUCUCCAUGACCCAAUGCACUGGGGUAAAGAACACUCCUGAAAGGAGAGAAAAACACUUCCACCCCCCUGAGCGGCCUGCCCAGCGACAGCAGAUGCUGACAGAUGAAGGCCCCACCCUGCAGCUUGACUUCUCUUACUACUCCUAUGAGUAUGAGGCGGACCCCUACACCUCUGAAGGCGAUGCUUUUGAGCAGACAACUACAGCGCAAGUGAGGAAUGGCUCCGUGGGGCUGCUGUGACCAUUGAGCACAAUAAAUGUUUGACACAGGCAGCUCUGGGUGGAGCCAGUGCGUGGAAACGUCGAGGCGCCUUCCGGAGGCUUCUGCCCUUCCUGCUUGUAGCGCUCUUGGUGCAGCCUGCCAGUCCCUUGUGUCCCUCCGCCUCGCCCAUGUGCACGGCGCAUUCCAAGCCAGAGGUGGAGCUGGGGAGGCCUGACUCCUCCAGCAUCCCAGAAGGACGCAGCGCAGUGGGGUUCCUGUUUCCCACUCCCAGCCAGUCACAGAGCAGGACAGAGGCAGUCCCUUGUCUUCUAUCCCUCUUUUCCAUCUUUCAGGAAAGGAGUCCCCUUUCUGGAGGUGGUUCAAGCUAGGAAGAAAUCCCCGUUUCUCUUGUCAUGCCUUUCAAGACCCAUCAGCACCACCACCACCCAUUUUAGCCUAAGGAAGCUUGAAGGCAGCGGAGAGAUUUGCUCUGGCCCCCUUUACCUUUGUCCUACAGUGCUCUCUCUCUCUCUCUCUCUCUCUCUCUCUCUCUCUCUCUCUCUCUCUUCAGUAAGGGCUGUGCGGUGGAGAGAGGGGGCUUCUCUUUCCAUAUCCCCCUCCCCCUGGUACUUCCUCUUUUAAUCUUGUUUCCCUCUUGGCUCUGUUGCCUUCGAGGGCACAUAAGCCUCCCUUCCUGAAAGGGGCUUUUAAAAGAUUGGAGUAGGAUGAGAGACAAAAGACGCAAGUUGGUGAGAGCAGAUGCUUUCUGGAAAAGGUCUGGGCGCUCCAACCUUUCUCCUGCCACCUAAGCAGCAGGGCCAGCACAGAAGAGGGGCGUUGCUGUUACUUCGUUUAGAGGAAGGGUUUUGCUCUUCCUCCUCCAAUGAAGGGCUGGACUAGGCUUGAAGGAUGAGGGCAGCCUCCCUUAGCAAACACCACCCCCGUGGCUUCCCCAGAGCCUCUGUUCUUGCCUGCCCCAGCUGUGCUUGCAGCUCUUAUACUGGUUUCAGGCACUUGCUAGAACAGGCCAUUUACCUCCUCCCUGCAUCCACUUGCCAGCUGCAGCUGCUCAGAGCUGGGCUUGCUCCCAUUCCUUGUGCAUGUGAGAGCCCAUGGUGGAGGGCAUGGGGUGGGGGUGGGGGGAGAGAAAGGAAAUAAAAAGUUGGAUUUAGA